AUGGCUCUUACUUCCGAUUUUGAGCCAGUACGCGCAUCUCUCCUCCAUCGCACUCCUUUACCCACUCUUGAGCAAGCAAUUUCUGAACUCCUGUCAGAGGAAACUUGGUUUGGUACUCUCCAUCCGCACCCUGUGGACUCUGUUCUUGCUACUCCCCAGACUCGGAGUUCUCCUUCACCACAGAAGUCAACUUUCUGCAACUACUGUCAAAAUCGCAGUCUUCCGUCGACUCAUCUUCUGGUUAAUUGUCCUGUUUGCCUCUGUCGGUUUUGCAACAAGACUGGUCCUGGUCAUCUCCAGCAAGAUUGCUUCCGCAAUCCCGCCCGUGCCUCUCGCAAUGGUCCUUCCACCGGGAAUUUUUCUCGCAGCCACUCUCACCGUUCUGGGACUCCGUUUAAACCAAUGCCUGCUCAACGCACUGCUGCUGCUGCCUCAGAGGAUUUACCUUCCCCUGUCCCUAUAGAUCCUUCCACCCCAGUCUUCUCUCAAACAGAUGUCGAAGCCAUGUUUCAACAUUUUUGGCACAAAUCCGGUACCCCUUCCUCUCCUGCCUUGUCUGUCACUGCAGGUAACACUUCCUGGUAUUAUAUUCGCGUCAAGCCGGGGGUUUACAGUGAAUAUGUGGUGGUGGGAGAGGACAAGACGAACAUUGCUCUGAUUGGUGAUGACGCCGCAACCACGAAAAUUACGGGUAACCGGAGUAAUGCCAUCGGAUUUGGAACUCCACAGUCUGCUACAAUGACUGUUGAUGGGGAAGGCUUUAUUGGCCAGUCUUUAACGAUUGAGAACUCAGCUCCAAUAAACAGUGGUCAAGCAGUUGCACUCAACAACAAUGCAAAUCACUCAGCAUUUUACAAGUGCAUUUUCAUGGGUUACCAAGACACCCUAUUGGCAAACACAAAUUCACAGUUUUACAAAAACUGUGAAAUUUCAGGCACUGUCGAUUUCAUUUUUGGUUUUGCCUCAGCCGUGUUCCAAGAUUGUGGCAUCUACGUUCGUCGACUCUCACCUGCUAAUGUGAUUACCGCUAACGGUGGGAAACCCAAUCCAGCAUCGACUAAUUUUGGAUUUUCAUUCCAAAAUUGCACAAUCAACGUUGCACCAGAACUUAGGUCACGCAAAAAGGAAGUGAAGGCUUUUCUAGGGCGGCCGUGGCAAAAUUAUGCCACGGUAGUGUUCAUGGAAUCGUAUUUGGAUGAAAUCGUGCCACCGGAGGGAUGGACAUGGUGUUGUAAUAACACGAUUUUGAUGUUCGCGGAGUACAAUAACCGAGGCCCCGGGGCAAAUACUAGUAGAAGGGCAAAAUUGUCAGGGUAUAAGGUCUUCAAAAGUGCAACUGAAGCUACCCCUUUUACAGUGUCUAAGCUGAUUGAUGGAGAUUCAUGGAUCCCUCAAACUGGCAUACCCUAUAGGGGUGGUUUAAAUAGUGUGUGA